GGGAAAUCUACAGAGGAUUGACAGUGUGACAACAUGGAACAGAGCUGUACGUCUGGAACCGUGGUGUACAGUGUUAAACCAGACAUCAUGCUAUCAUGAGUGAGAGUGGUGAACACAUACAAGAGGAAAGACCGGGAGAGGAACCCAUUUCAACGCAGCUGAGAGAUGAAACAUCCGAGGAACACAUUGAAGACUCUCAGUCGGUUAGCCCUCUGUCAUUCAAAGACUUCCUACCCCGGCCUCUAGGAGAACAAGGAAGCUCUGAAUACGAGACAUUCGGAACUCUGGUAGACCGAGCAAACGCGUUUCUUGAAGACCAUCGUCAGUAUGACGUCAGGACGUGUGAGACGCUGGAAGUGCAGUACUCAGGGGCCCGGCAGGUGGCGUGCACGGACGUGUCGCUUGUCGGUGGCAGGAGGGACAAGGACCCGUAUUUUAGAGGACUCAGACUAUGGCUUGUACCGUGCGAGACCCACAGUCCGACCUCGCGGGCUCCACGUAUAGGAAAAGUCGAUUUUGUCCCGAGGAAGCUGGCAGACGAUCUGGCACAAGCCGGUUCCGACCAGUUCGAGCCACUUGGCGAGCUGUUGGGAAGGAUGAACGCGUCACUCCGACAGGACCCCAUUCCAGGUGAAGUCCUGACAGUGGAGACCUUGGACAUGGAGUGUUCUGGGGACGAGACGGACCCCGACUCCUGUAGCUGGCACGAGAACGAGGCUGGGUGCACCUGCUGCUGCAGCUGUCUGCGCAGGACAGUCCACCUGUAUGUCAUCAGGGUGUUCUACCUGGAGGGGCCACCUGCUGGGGAGGAAAUCACUAUGGUGGAUUUUGUCCCCCGUGUGGUCCACCCCGCCACGUCAUUUAUAGACGACCCGAUCCUGGAGACCUUCCCCAGACUGACGUCCCAGGCGCGCGCCUGGGUCAGGCACCACCUGGACCGGGGAGGGCGGAUCACCAACCUACAGACGGUCAACGUGAAGGCCACCCGGCAUGGCAUGGCAGAUUCCCAGAGAUCGUUUUACAUCGAGGGCAGUGGACGCGUGCUGUUCGUCCGGACGCUCAGACUGGUGUACGUCAAGCGCGCCCCCUUACAAGACGGAAGAGAAGUGCAGCCAUGCGCUCGAACCUUCGCACCGCUGCAACUCAAUGAGGACGGCUACCGAACCAAACCACAGUUUCAAACGGUCUUGAAAACCAUGGAGGAGGCAGUGCGAUGGCUUCGAAUCGCAGAUUGCCGUAUCAUCUCUGCGGAAAGUCUGACCGUCAAAAUCCCGCCCAACAUCCCCCGCGGCUGGGCUCACCUGGUGGGAAACGAGUCCCUGUGGUGCCGGAACAAGUCGCUAGGGGAGCUGCACCUGGUCAUGCUAAGAGUCUACUUUGAAGGGCCGCCAAAGGACGCUGAAAACACAAGUCGGAGUGCUAAUAUUCCUCCACAGCACGACAUGGGACAGUCAAAGUGCAUCCUUCUAUGAGUGAUAUAUUGUUACUAUGCAACAUUAUAUGUCGUAUAAAUUGUUACCAUGUAAUAUUGUACUUCGCUUUCAAACACU